AUGGCUAGGGUCCUCAACAGGCUCUUGGGCCUCGUAGGCCUCUUCGUCUUCCUCCACCUCAGCUUUCUCGCAUUCAAACGCUACCUCGAAUCUCCUUGGUCAUCGGGAUUGGACAACGUCGGCGCCGAUUUCGUUAAUGAGCCCCCAGCAGUGAUACCCAACGAAGGCUUGACAAAGGACGGCAAACCAAGGAUUGACCCCAAGUACUGUCGGUACAAUGCUUGUCUGAAGGGUCGUUGGGUUCCCCGAGAGCCGCAGUUUGCAAAUUUGAAAGAGUUUCAGGAGGUUUUCGCUAAAGGCGGCUCUCCGUGGCAUAGGUGUCCCAUUGAUGGCCCUCCCCCAGGAGUGACGAGAACGGAGGAGGAAACGAAAGAGCUUGAAGGGCAGAGGCUGGUCGACAUGAUGAAUUGGGUCUGGAAACCAGAAACCGGAGAGCAGAUCCCAUUCGACGCGGAGGACUUUGUCGUGCGCUUGCUGAAAGCACCGGCAGGCAUAAUAUUCAUGGGAGACUCUGUGUCAGCAGGCCACGAACACGCAUUCGGCUCCUACCUCGAACAAGGAGGUAUCAAAUUCCAAAGGAUUCCAGUCGUGAUAAACGGCAACCAAACCGAAGGAAUCAGACCACACAUUCUGCACCCCGACGACCCUCUCACUUAUGAACUCCAACGACGCGCGGGUGUACCCGACUCCCGGCUGAAGUACCCCAUCUUCAACAUAAUCGAGGACCAUAUGCUGCUUCAUCCCCCAGAUAUCCGACGAAUCACAGAAAAUCACGGUGCUGAAGAGGGAUUUACAUGGCAUUUGAAGAUGAAGCGGGUCGAUGGUUGGGAGGACUAUCUUGCGGAUAUCACUAGACCGCGGGAAGGGGAGGAGGAUAGUGUUACUGCGGAUACGAUUCUUGUCGUGAACACCGGCGCUCACUGGUCUAGAGGUACGCUCCAUAUGCUGCCCCAAAAUCUGGGCGUUGCGGAAGAGCAGCGUCUGUUAACAGAGGUGUACAAGGAUAUGAUGAGAAUACUCGUCGAAAAGCUUUCCGUCUUUCGACAAUUCAAAAUUAUCUACAGAAGCACCAGUCCCGCCCACCCUAACUGCAGGAAAAAGAAAUUCCCCUAUCCUAACUACGAAGCAGCACGGAACGCUGAGGCCACCUACGUUGAAAACGUGAAACAAUGGGCUCAAGAUGACGGAGAAGCGGCCGGACCAGCGUGGGUCCGUCUUCGCUGGGACUGGGAUAUGUUCAACGUUCACAACGGGCUGUGGAAGACCGAGGUCGCGCGAUUGCAAGAGGAGAGGAAGAUGAAAACAAAGACAACCUUGGAGAUGGGCGUAGACCCAGAAGACCUAGAUGGCGCGGGGCUGGGACCGAAAUGGCUGUAUGUAGAUUUUUGGGAGAUGGCGCUUCAAAGGCCAGAUGCGCACUCCGAUUGUUUGCAUUGGUGCUUGCCGGCCAUGUAUUCAGAAUGGACUCGACAUCUGUAUCAUCUGUUGUAUCUAGAGGAUUUGCAGUAA